UGUAGCUACGCUGGACUUCGACUACAAAGUAGUCUGUGGCGAUUCCAACUUACCUGGUGUAAACUGGGAUACCUGUACAGGACCUAGAAUCCAUGACGAGCUACUACAAGCUAUAGACGUAGGCGGAUGGAAGCAGUGCGUACGCCUUCCUAUAAGAAACAAACAUACUCUUGAUUUAAUCCUCUGUUAUAAAAUAGAGCCCAUCCUGAUAGAUGUGGGAAAUAAACUCGAUAACAGUGAUCACAACAUACUGUACUGCACGCUGCCCCUCCGAAUAACAACUAAAUACACACCUAAAAACUCCCCGGUGCACUAUCAAUAUAGGGACUAUAAGAAUGCUGACUGGGUAUUCCUAUCAGAGCUGUUGAGAAGUUAUGACUGGGAAGAAUACUUCAUCAACAACAACUUAGAAGUAUCACUUGAGAGUUUCUACAAAACAAUUGGCUCAGCAAGAGACACAAUCGCACACCUAAAAUCUGCUCUAAAGACACCAACUCCAUUUAUAGAUCGCAAAACGCGACUAAAACUAAAGAAAUUGGAAAAGAAAUACCAUGUAUUUAAGGAAUAAUAAAAAUAUUUUUUAUUUUUUAAUGCGUUAAACCAAAUACAUGAAACUCUUCAACUGCUUGAAGAGAAACACAAAAUGAUGUCACAACUUGAAGAAAAUAAAGCGCUUGUUGGCAACUCCAAAACUCAGGAACUUUGUUGGAUAUUGCAGAAACGUCUAAAAAGCAGUAAAGAUAAUACUGUAAGAAGCUUGGAACAUAAGGGUAUAAUAUACAAUGAUCCACAGGUUAUAAGUGAACUCCUCAGUGAGUGGUUUUGCAAUGACACCAGAGUGCACCCGACCCCAAAUUUUCAAAUGACCUGCAAAAGUAACCACAAAUUAGGCGAAAUACACUUUAAUAUACAAAAUAUAGACUCUGCGAUUAGGACAUUGAAGUCUAAUGGUAGUACUGGAACAGACGACAUACCAUCUGUCAUACUUUACCAAUACUUUACCAAUGAUAACUUAGAGGUAACACUUGAUACCCUCUACAAGACAGUCAGUUCGGUAAGAGAUACAAUCGCACCCCUAAAAUCUGCCUUAAAGACACCAACUCUAUUCAUAGACCGCAAAACGCGAUUAAAACUAAGGAAAUUUUAUUUAUAUAAAGAAUUUAGUGCAUUACACCAGAUACAUGAAACAUUUAAAAAUCUUGAGGAGAGACAUAAAAUGAAGGCACAGCUCGAGGAAAAUGAAGCCCUAGGGGGCACCUCUAAAACUCAGGAACUCUGCAAGAUCUUGCAAAAACGACUAAAUAAGGGUAAAGAAAAUAAUGUUGACCACUUGGAGUAUGAAGGUAUAAUUUAUGAUCCCCAGAUUAUUUGUGAACUCCUAAACCAAUGGUUCUCCAAUAACACCAAAGCGCAUCCAUCUCCAAUCCUCGAUAUAACCUGCAAAAAUAACUAUGAGUUAGGUGAAAUCAACUUUAAUAUACAAAAUAUAGCAUCAGCGGUAAAGACAUUAAAAGCUAACGGUAGUUGUGGGGUAGAUGAUAUACCAUCUGUCAUAUACAAAAACGGUGGCUCGGAUAUGAUAGUACUAUUACUUAGAAUAUUCACCCUCUCACUAGUGACUGGGACCUACCCUGAAACUUGGAAAAACACGUAUAUACUACCUAAGCAUAAAGGAGGGGCCAAAACUAGUGCAUGUAAUUAUAGGCCUAUCAAUUUAACACCUGUCAUAUCAAGGAUCAUGGAGAAAGUAAUAAAAGACCAAAUGUCAGACUACUUUCUAAAACACAAACUCAUCAACCAGUCGCAACACGGAUUCCUUAAGAAAAGAUCUUGCGUCACUUGCCAUAUAGACUUUUUCAACGAAGUCACCUAUAGCAGAGAUAGGAGAGAACUAGUAAUUAUCCUCUAUUUCGAUAUCAGGAAAGCCUUCGACAGAGUCCCACAUAGUCUGUUAGUCAGCAGGCUAUGCUCACUAGGGAUACGCAAUCCCCUCCACAACUGGAUAAAAUCAUUUCUCAGUGACAGAAAUCAGACAACAAAAAUUGGCUCGAUGACCUCCAGGCCUAGGCCGAUUAGCAGUGGUGUCAUCCAGGGGAGUGUAUUGGGACCCCUUCUUUUCAUUAUAUACAUAAACAGUAUAUGUGAGUGCUUUAGUAUAGGCAAGCCAAUACUGUAUGCAGAUGACUUAAAGGUGACAUAUACCUGCACAAACACAGAUAUUGGUACAACUAUGAACUCCAUACAUGAAGAAUUAACAAAAAUGGAUAUGUGGUGCGACACCUGGAGACUUGAGUUUAAUGUCGAAAAGUGUGGCUGGCUCUGCAUAGGCUGUCCCAACCUAGAACUCGACCUAGCAAUUCAGGGCCACAAAAUCCCUAGACUCAAAUCUGUGCUAGACCUAGGACUGAAAUAUUCACACAAUCUAUCAUUUUCUGAACAUAUCUCGAAACAAGUAUCGAAAUCACACAGGCUUAUGGGUUUCCUACUCAGGAACAUCUACAGAAGUGAAUCCAGAAUACUACUGUACAAGGUUUGUGUGCGCCCACUCCUAGACUAUUGUUCACUCAUAUUUAGUAGUAUACGCAUAGAAGACAAACUAAAAGUAGAAGGAGUGCAGAGGUACUUCACGCUAAAAGUACUCGGAACCGAAAACAGCACAAACUACGCCACCAGAUGUGAAAUUCUAGGACUAGAAACAUUAUGGUUAAGACGACUCCGACUAAAUCUGGUACUCUUCUAUAAACUACUUAACCACAUAGUGUAUACCCCCACUAAUUGUACUCGGUUUUCAGAAGACACUGGAUACAACCUUAGACACACUAAAGGUACGGUGGCUAUAGAACAAUGUAAAACAGUCACCAGGCAAAAUUUUUUCAUGAUUAGGUAUGCCCAAAUAUGGAACAAACUACCUGAGGAAAUGCUCACUGGUGUCCUUUGUAAAAGCUCUUAAUGACACACUAAGUGGGUUUGCAAGUGAUACCAGUGCUAAUUCCCAUGUAAGAGCUUCAGAAAUUAUAGGCCCAUUUAAUGUAUGAACUUAGAGACUACACCUGUUGUUUCUUUUGCCUUUAUCUAUAAUUUCAGACAAAAAAGCAGCAGUCAUGACAAUAACACCCAUACAAAUAAGAGUCGAUCGAAUUAUGUCUACCUGAUACAAAGCGUGAACCAUAAACAACAUACGAAUGAAAUAUAAGAAAACAAGGUCGAGACUUACCACUGUAACGACAGAAGGCAAGAGUCAGGCAACAGAUCAUUUAUUAAGGAAAUCAACGCAUAUUUAUAUAUUUGCAUGUACAUUACUAUGGAUAUUUAAGCAAACAAACACAGUCUUCCGAUUGGUUGUUUCUCACGUAAAGUUAAUCUUUCAUCCAUUUGUGACUGUUUCUUGAAUGUCAAAUCCUCUAUAUGUUAACUGCAUCCGCCUACGCAAAGUCUGCUGUGGGCGGUUUUCAAUAAAUCUUUGUUCACAUUUUCUCACGACAAAUCUUGGGAACGUAAAUAUUGACGUAAAUUACUGUCUACCAAUUUGGCUAGUAGACAGCUCUCACCACAACACAACAUCACAUGGAAGGAUAUAAGUUACUUGGAAAUCAUUUAUAAUCCACCAACUGGUCUCCUUUCCAAAAGGAAUGCGACGAUAUUUUAUCCACAGUGGUGAGGAAAUACAUAAAUCCACAGUUCCCGUUGUAUACACUCAGUGGAGAUUGCAGCCAACAAAGUAAUGCAUUUAAAGCAUAUGCAUACUUCCCAUCAUCACGGCGACACUGCAGAAUAUGUCAAAAUAGCAGAGUAAUGAAACCCAACACGCGAUGUAAUUAGCUAAAUCCGAAAGGCAAACAAGUUGUAGUACGUAUUUGAAUAUUCAUCCAUAUGUCAAUCAUGAUGACAGAUACAAAUCACUACCUAUACCGCGCCAAUACACUUGGAUAUCUAUGAAAUGACGAAAAUAUGCUGACAGCUGCAUUUCAGAUCCCAAUGACUCACUCGAUAGCAAAAUUCUGCUCCUGCAUGCCUCUUUUGACAUUUUUGUAUGGAUUGGUUCGCAGUUACUCAGGUUCCAGACCGAAAAAAAAAAUUCACCAGUUGCUGAAUUAUGAUUACUUCUCUGUAUGUUUAGCUGGAUAAUAACUGCUGUGGUGAGCCUUUUGCAGAUUAUAUUGCUUAAAACAUCGUUUACGGUAAACUAACUAACGUUUUAUAAGCCAUUUUUAUACUUUUGUGACUAGCCCACCAUAUCGACCGAAUGUAACGCAACACUUAGUUGUUCCACUCAUGUUCAACAAAUUCAAACAAUAAUUGUGCCUAUUAUUAUGCCAUAUAAACUGUUUUAACUUAUGCAGAGUGUACUUACGGUCAAUAUUUCGUUAUCUUCUCUUGUAUAUAUAUUUUGUGUUAGUGAAAAAAUUUUAAACAU